AUGUGCUCAAGGACUACUAUCUUACUGUCGUCGUUCCUUACUAUGCUGUUGGCAGCCCUUGCUGGAAAGAGUAGCAUCAAUCCUCUUCUACAAGGACUCGACACGAUGUGGAACGGUGCUGCUCAGACUUCGAUAACGCAAGUUUUAGACUGCACCCACACCUAUAGUAUUGAGAUUAUGUCAGUUGACCCUCUAGUGCUUUACAUCAACGACUUUUUAAAAAUGUCAGAGAUAGACUACUUGGUAGAAAAGUAUUAUCGAUCAUCGCAGAGCGCCCAUGUUCCUCCAUCGGAUCCCGUUUCUAAAUGUCUUCAUGACCGCAUGAAGUCACUUUUGGGCAACAUUCAACACAUUGACGUCGAAUCACUGCAGCUUGUCAGCUACUCAGCAGAUGAACAGUUUCGUUACCAUUUCGACUGGUUUCAUAUGAUGGCCAAUGAAACUGGUCUACCUCAUAACCCGCAUAGGCAAUACAAUCGCCUGGGUAGUAUAUUUGCUUACCUCGGAGAUGAUUGUACUGGUGGCGAGACUUACUUUCCGGACGUUAUGGGCGUGUCCUCAAUUGCCGACGAGGGGAAAUUCUCGAGAACCGAUGAUCCAUCCGGGAAAGGAUUGCUCGUCAAACCUAAAAAGGGCAAUGCCCUCUUCUGGAACAACAUGCAGUCCAAUGGAACAGGGGACCGCCGUCUUUUACAUGCUGGCUUACCUGUUCAUUCUGGAGUGAAGAUAGGGCUAAACAUGUUCAGCUUUUACUAUCCUGAUACUCCAAUAAUAGGUGGUGACAUUGCGGCUAUGGAAAAAACAUCGGAUGAGAGCCAUUGA